ACGGGAAUGGGAAUGGGAAUGGGAAUGGUAAAGAUGGAUGGAAAUGGCGAUGCAGUGGACGACCAACACCAAGACCCAAAUCCCUCUCUGUUUCCUCUCUUUCCUGCUGCCGCUGUCCCCGCUUCUACAGUCGCUUCUUCUAGUAGCGUCCCCCAAUGGCUUUCCAACCCUAGCUUCACCAACUAUCUUUCCCUCGUCAACGACGUCGUUUCCUCUCUUUCCCGCUCCCUCAAGGUAGAAGAAGAAGAAGAGGAAGAAGAAGACGAAGACGAAGGAAAACAAAAGCAGCAGGAGAAGAGCCACCGUUCUUACGAGCUACUUGAGGAGGAGGAGGAGGAGGAGGAAGAAGAACAACUAGAAGAAGAUUCUGAUGGAGCAAAGUACGACGAGAGAAAAAGGAAGAAAAGAAGUAAGAGGAGGAGCAAGAAGAAAACGAUUUCGAAAGAAAUUGGUGAUUCCUUGUCUAAAUACAAAUCCAAAACCUCUCAUUCCAGUGAUUAUUAUUUUGAUUCUCAUCCAGAUCUUGAUAACUUGGCCUACGGCUCUCUCUACAGGAUGGAUGUUCCGCGUCAUAAACUUAGAAAUCCUGAACAAUUAUCUGGAUUCAUGUACCGUCGGACUCUCAGAUUUUCAACAUAUGAUAAGGAUGCUGAUAUUGAUGCUUUGGAUCCUAAGCUAAAGUCUGCUGGUCGAUACUGGUCUCCCAACAAUGCUGCACUUGAACACCAUAAGGACCUAAAGCGUCUUCCUCGUUAUGCUCCCAAAAAUUCUUCAGAAGUAGUUCGUGCUGAUUUCAUUCCUUUGACGGAUAUUCAAUCAUCUCCUCAACGUGGUGAAGGAAGUUCAAUCUCAAACAAUUCAGUCAUUGAAGAAUCAUGGGAGGAUGAAGUGCUACGUAAGACACGGGAAUUCAACAAAUUGACCAGGGAGCAUCCCCAUGAUGAAAAAGCAUGGCUAGCCUUUGCAGAGUUCCAGGACAAGAUUGCGAGUAUGCAACGACAGAAAGGUGUUCGCUUACGGACUCUUGAGAAGAAAAUUAGCAUACUCGAGAAGGCAACUGAGCUUAAUCCUGAUAACGAACAAAUCUUGCUUUGUUUAAUGAGGGCCUAUCAAAAAAGAGAUAAUACUUAAGUGUUGAUUGGGAGAUGGGAAAAUGUGCUUAUGCUGCAUUCUGGGGAGUUAUAUGCUGUGGAGAGAAUUCUUGCAUGUUGUUGAAGGGGAGUUCUCCAGAUUUAAAGUUUCAGAUAUGAGAAAAAUGUAUGCACAUGCGAUCCAAGCUCUAUCUGCUACCUGCAACAAGCAAUUUAGACAGGUUCUUAAUCUAGUGCAUUU